AUGUGUUAUGUUAUCAACGAUGGGAAGGGCCGUGUUCCAUUAACCGACUGUCACGGGGGCGCGGGAUGGGCCCCUCCGGACCUCAGUGGCCGGGGUCAGGGGUCACCGGAGCGGUUCCACGUGUACCUGAUGCCGACGCCCAACCUGGACAUCUACGGCGAGUGCACCAUGCAGAUCACGCACGAGAACAUCUACCUGUGGGACGUGCACAACGCGCGCGUGAAGCUGGUGAUGUGGCCGCUGAGCUCGCUGCGCCGCUACGGCCGCGACUCCACCUGGUUCACCUUCGAGUCCGGCAGGAUGUGUGACACCGGGGAGGGGCUGUUCACCUUCCAGACGCGCGAGGGGGAGAUGAUCUACCAGUGCGUCCACUCGGCCACGCUGAGCAUCGCCCAGCAGCACGAGAGGAUGGUGGAGGAGAUGGAGAAGAGCUCCCAGAUCCACUCCAGGGAGACCCUCACUAAGUCCAUCUCUCUGCCACGGAGCGCCUACUGGCAGCACAUCACCCGACAGAACAGCGUGGGAGACCUGUACAGCUACCAAGGAACCAGCAUGACAAUGACCCUCAUCCCCAGAGCACAGACGUUCCCCAGCUUCCUCUCUGAAGAGCUCGACAGCCCACGCCAAGAAGAGGCGCUGUCGCCCUCUAGUGGCUACGAAUCCAGUUGCAUCGCCGGCCUGCGACAAUGACAUGCAAUGCCAUGACCAAACAAGGACACUUUUGCUCUACCACUUUAGAGAGAAUGUAGAAAUAUGUAUAGUGACAUGUGUAAUAUACCAUUUCAUGUCAAAGAAAAAAUAGUGUCAAACGUACGGUUGAGCAGUAGCCUACACACGACAGAAAAGACGGAGACUGUGUGUGUGUUUGAAAACCGCGGUAGCAUAAGAUGUUGCACCAAAAACCCAAGUCAUGUAGUCAUUCCGUGACUAUUUACGUUAUUCAUUCUGCUCAUGAACAUCGUCACUAUACCAUUUCCCCAAAGUCAAUCUUUGAUUCUAAAAAAUGUACGGGAAGAUGAAAUGUGCAGGGGAACCGAUUAUUGUUCUAGAAUGAGUCACGAACGCACUGCACUGGAUUCCCGCCAAAAGAGUGGAGCCCCAUCAUUUAUAAUUAUGAGUUUUACUUGCGUGAAUAUAAAGCACAGUUUAAGGAUUCAGUUGAGAAGGUGUGGGUGAUGGAUGUGAUCCAGACCUCCACAACCCUCGACCACACUUUGGAAACACACUUCAAAAAAACAUUUAGCAUUUGGACACCAUGAGGCGCCGACCCGCCUCCGACCCGCCGCCGACCCAGCGAGCGCGUCGGUCAGAGGCGACGAACGCUUUGCCGCUCCGCUGCUAAACACCGGGAGUGUAAGAGAAUAAGCUGAAUGCUAAUUUAUGUAUUUUAUAAUCGCCACGUAUUCCAAAUCAGGUAAACAACGUCUACAUAGUAAUUGUCUUACGAACCGGCAGAGACGGGAGGUAACUUGGUCAUUCCCAUGGCUAAUCUCUUAUGGUUUUUAACGAACUGAAUUCAAUUUGAUCUCGCCUUCCCGAUACAGUCAAAACAUCACAGAGUACAAAUGUCACGUGUAUUAACAGCCUAAACUCACGAAAACGUAAAUUCUUUGUUUUAAUGGUUGAAUCUGAUUCUCAUCAAGUGGAUGCCAGGGGCCUCUCAUGCUUCAACGGCCCUCGUUCCAUCCAGAGUAAGAAGUGCCUUUUGCCGUAGACCGCAGAGUGUGAGCCCUGAUCGAACCCUCGACUUUGGGCCUGCAGUUUACCAUUGGGAAUGGGACAGGUCAUCUUCUUUGUACUUCAUAUUUCCAUUUUGAAGUCGUUUUGUUUGGUGUGAUUCAGGUGUGCCAUUCCGUGUGUGGAAUUGUUAAGUCAUUAGAAUUAUUUAAAAGGAUAUAGUUGGUUGCUUAAACCUGCGCUGUUACUUUUUCACUGUAGCCAUAACUUACCAUUUUCCUCUUUCUCCACAGACCAAAUUGAUUUUGAGUGGCUGGUGGAAUGGUUUUAUUCUUUUAAAAACGGUUGCAUAAUGAAGGUUUAACCUGCGGUUAUCGUUUUCAAAUACUUCAAGGUUUUUGAAAUGCUGCCUUGUAAAAAAAAGAAUGUGAAAAUGUGAACAGACAAGUGAUUUUUUUAAUCACAGAAAUGCUUCGAGUCAUAGACGAAAAAAAAAAACGACAAUCAUCUUGAGGGGAGGAACGCCAACCCAGACUGGCGCACUUGACGCUUAAUUUAUUCUAUACAUUUAUUUUUCUGGGUUAAAUGUUUUGCCAAGUGAUGGAAAUACAAUUCUGGUAGAACAUGACAUGUAUUUAGAACUAGUGAAACGUUGCAUCUGAAAGUUGUUUUCCUUUGACCCAUGACGUCAACAGGACAUUGCUUUUCCAUCAAGCGGCAGAGCCCUUCUAUGAAAGGCUACUAAUAAUCGAAUGUCAAUCAACCUAUUUUAGCAAGGUCAUGUUUCUGCACCAUUUGAAAAAAGGAAGAUUAAAAACAAAUGUAUUCUAGCUCUAGUGAGAUACUACUGAAAAGACUGAAGGAAUUCAUAGUCAGUCGUUUUAUUUGUUCGUUUUUAUUUUUGAGUAAAACCACAUGAAAAACUCCUCCUGUAGGUACGCACUUAAGAUCACCCUUUCAUUUCCAUUGUUAUAAUUGUUUGUAUGAGUGUCUACACUUGUGUUAAUGUCGUAAUCGUUAUCAGCACUUUGAACCCGAGUGUGGGGUUAAAAUGUUCACUCACUAAAUGUACAUAUGUAAUGUAUUUUGGGAGUAUUAAAAUUAAUGUUCCAUUGUGA